AUGGCUUCGAUAUCUCUACCCCCGCAGCACCCAAUCACUCCAGCAUUCUCCGAAUAUCUUCGACCCAUCGAUCGGUCACCUGUCGGUCACAGCCGCCGCAACUUGACCAUGUCAACUCCGCUCCCAAACCCACCCUUUGUCUUCCCGGCACGAGACCCUGGCGAUACGGCGUCGGAAGCUCCAGCGACUAGACGCAGGACUCCCCCGCCCCUUCCGGCUUUCUCGUUCAAUCCAGGGUCUAACCACUCUGCACAGCCGUCAAUGCCGAAUCUCUCAAUGAAUAGACCAGGUGGUCAUCGGCGACGAUGCAGCGAAUUUGCCAUCCAAGGCAACGAUGAGAGUUCAGCCUCGACACCUGUCAAACUUCCUGCUCCAGGUCCCGGCUUUGGUGCAGGCAGCCAAGGAAAGCGGCGUCAUGCCCACCGACGCUCAGCUGCUAUCUCUAGCCCCACUGUCGAAAGCGCUCCCUGUAUGCCGGCAGAUCCGAUGCGAGAGCACCAUGCUUCAGACGAGCCCACGCGACCUGCAUCACAAUCGGCUGCCAUACUGUAUCGAAAUUCGCCACCUGCGUCCCCUCGAAUCGUUGUUGAGACAGAACCCCCGACUCCCGUCAAAUCAAGCGAUGAGACUACCAUCCCUUCACCUUGUUAUACUUCGCCUGAAAAGUCGCCUAAAUUUCUUGCACCCACGAGCGCAUCGGAUCCCGACUUCUCCACUAGAAACAGUGGCGUUGUCGAGAUGAGCUCUGCAGUUGAGCCCAAGCUUUUCUCAAACGAGAAGCCCAAGCCUAGGCCCAGGACUGCCGAUGCUUCUCUAAUGCUCGAUCAGCACAUGGAUUCAGCCAUUGGGGAUACCUCAUCUUUGAAGCGACCGCUAUCCGCAGCAGGCCACUCUCGGAACCGCAAAAGCUUUUCUUCGGGAAUUCUAGAUCAUUUUGCGGGCUCGUCAAGACGUUCAUCCUCGUCCAGCAACACGGGAAGCACUUCGGAUACCUCUGAUCGUGAUGCCCGCGAGUCUUCAGAUUCUUUCGAUACACAUAAGAGGAUCUCGAAGGCGAAAAAGCGGCAGAAGAAGGUGCGCUCAUGGGCCGGUGCCAUCUUAACCAGAGGCAAGGCCAAGCGCCAUGCGAAGAAGGACAUGAGUGAGAACAUUCAGCCUUCUGUUCCCGCCCCUGUGAUUACGAGAACCAACUCCGACCUUGGAUCGGGACUAGACGUGGACUUUGAUGAUGAUACCAUUGUUGUUAUCCGCACGCCUACUAAUCCUGCUACACCAGACGCUCGUCGUCCCACGUCUCAUGAUUCAAAUGUACCGUCUCUGGAGCAUUCGUGGAAGCCAAGGAGCUUCUACGAACAGACAACCCAAAACGAUGCUCUCAGUCCUGUCAUCGACUUGGAUGCAGCUCUGGGGCCAUUCAAUACGCCUGACAUGCACUCUGGUCGUGUUGCGGAAAGUGGUUUCUCGGCAGCUACCAAGCGCAUGUAUAGUGGUGGUAGGCGAGGUGAAUUUGUCGGUCCAGAGAUGCGUUAUCAUCGCCGUGCGGAGAGUGCACCUGAAAUGCCACCCUUUGACCGCAGUUUUCUGGGAAACAACCGAUUCGUGAAUACUUCGACAUUGGAGAAUCCAGAUGUGCUGUAUGAAGAAGAAGAGGAUGCUUUCUUGGCUGCUACGAGCGAGUCUCCAGCUGAAAAUAUUGAGCGCCCGCUCUCGCAGGUCAUCAUCUCAACUUCGCGUGAUGAUGCUGAGAGUAGGUCCGAGGAAAGCAAAAGCAGCUCUGAAACACUUACUGCCCACCCUGUGGUUGACGAGGUCCGUGACCAACCUCAUACUGGUCUUGGGAUUCAGGAAACUGAAACUCAUAUUAUGUCGACUGCCGAUGCUACUUCCUCCAUUCAAGAGGAUCUCAGACCUCGUACUGCAUCAAACCCUAUCCAUCAAUUGCAGAAUGCGGGCAACCCCUUUUCUAAUUCGCUGAGCGGUUCAGUCGAUGUCGCCGAGCAAGAAGCAUGGCAGCACCGCAUGCCUGUUCCUACAAGUCCCGACGUCUCUCCGCGAUUCAUGGCUGCUGAUACUCGACCUACCACCUCCCCAAUGGAGCUGACAUAUAACAUCCCUCCACUGUCUCUCCAGGGAAGCACACUUGUCUCGAAUUCCUCCUUUCCGUCUCCCGACUUCACCGGCUGCUCAUCGGAUGCCCCUCGGUCGAUAAAAACACCAUCCACAAGUGACCAUAAUUUCUCGAAUCCUUCGUACAAUACGUCCAUGGAUCUUCCACAGACGUCAGUUGAGGAUGUUCCUUCUCUCACAAGCAGUGCAUCCACGACGACGAAUACACCCCACAGAUUCUCUGGCACAUUCUUCGGACGUCCUCGGCUGUCCUCUGAUCGUUCUGCAUCAUUCUCUGAGGCUGUGCGUCGCCGCACUAGCCGUGCCAACAGCUAUAAGAGGUCUAGUCUUGCCAGCCUCUCUAAACUCGUUGUUGGCUCCCAGGGAGAGAAAAGCAAACUCAGUCAUGAAGAAAAGCCACCUGAAGAUGAGCCCGAAAAGUCCAAGAGGAAAUCUCACCGGAUCAGUCGUUUGAUGCACUUCUGGAGGAGCAAAGACAAAGACAGACCGCAUGAACACGGGGUUCGACAAGAGCCACAAUUAUGAAACUACCCUUUUUUCGAGACAAAUAUUGACACAUGUACAUAUUCAACCUGAUCAUGAUUCGCUUCUCAGGGAUCUUUGCAAGAUCUCUUACCUCUUCACAUUUUUCUUUCUCCUCUUUCGCAUUUAUUUUCUUGAUCAAGUUCCCCUUUACUGUUGUUAGGGUAACUGACGAAUUUCUUUCCAUUGGCAUGUGAUCGCAAGCGUCAGAGUAUGAAGCUCUAUCCUUUUCCUCUUUUCGAGAUUUCAUGUCUCUCGUUCCGUGCUUGUUGCAAGUUGUGAGCCAGUUCAAUCAACUUGGCUUGCUAUUUCCCCAGGCUACCAAUUGUUUUUUAUCAUACCUUCUCUCAGCUCCUCCCUUCUCACUCCAUCUCAUCCCGACCCCGAUUUUCGGAAGGGCAGGGCUUGUUCUCCGUCAUAUCCCUCCAUGGGACAUCUGAUGUUCUUUUUGUUCUUAUCGGGCAUACUUACAUUAGGGAGGGGAUACUCUGAUUUUUUUUUU